AUGGUUGUUCUCAAGACACAAUCGGAAUGGGGCCAUGCACCACCUCCCCAAACGCCAUACAGCAUCAUUAGCAAUCUACCUGGAUGGGACAUGUUGAAGGGCGUUCGUGAUGGUGACAUGAGCCCGCUGGCCAGAGUCGUGCAUAUUUAUCCUCGACUCUCACCAACUCAUUUUGCACGCACCCUUGCCGGAGGAGUCGCCCAGGCAGUUGGGCAUGAAGGCAAAGGCUGCAUGAUAUAUCUUGACCCCAUCAUGUGGAAGUACACCGCCGGCCAUGUAUCCCACGCACUGCGCAAGGAUGCCCUCAUUUCACCCGACAAGUUAACCUUCAAGGUAGUUGAUGUUGGUGGUCACCGCCUCUACGCCGUCCUCUUUGAGCCGCAGUAUACGAAAUCCCUGAUGCUGAGCUGGGGUACGCCUGGCAUCGGCAUUUCCAUCCGUGGCGCAGAGCAACUCGUAGAAAAGAUGGACACCAUGGUUGAAGUGCCAUUUGAGAAUCAGGAUUCCCCUCCCGCGCCGACCUGGACGCCAGAGGGUCCUGCUCAUGAAGCUCUUAAAGAGCGAAUUGUGGGAUUUCUUCGACACGGCGCAAUUGACCUCGACAAGGUGAAGUGCCAAACCAAGGAUGUUUUUCUGUACCCAACAGGCAUGGCGGCUGUCUUUUGUGCAAAGAACUUGCUGCAGGAAUAUCGCCCGGGCUUAGUUAACGUUGAGUUGGGCAUUGUCUUCCACAACACGCACGAGCUGCUGCAUGAGGAAAGUCCCGGGGGGUGGAAGCACGUUCCCAAGGUUGACAAGGAAGCAAUCGACGGCUUGGAGGAAUGGCUUGAGAAGCAAAAGAGCGAGGGAGGAGGCGCAACGUUUGUCAUUGUUGAGUUUCCGGGAAAUCCGACUCUUGAUACCCCCGAUUUGCCCCGUCUGAUGAAGCUUUCUGAAAAAUACGGCUUCGUCUUCAUCGUUGAUGAUACCCUCGGAUCAUUCAGCAACGUCGACGUCCUCGCCCAGUGCGAUAUGCUUCUCACCUCUCUCACCAAAUCCUUCAGCGGAAAGUCAGACGUCCUCGGUGGUUCUAUCGUGUUGAACCCCCUUUCUCCCCAUUACGCCCAGCUAUCCAAGCGAUUUACUGAGUCUCACCGCAACCAACUCUUCGCUGUCGAUGCCGGUGUUCUUCUGUCCAACUCCGACGACUACUAUGAGCGCAGUGUUCGCCUCAAUGCCAAUGGCAAGGCUAUUGCCGAUUUCCUGCAUAAGAGCAUUGGCCAGCCUGAUUCACCUGUUGUUAACGUCCAAUACCCAAGUCUGUUGCCAAGCAAGCCCAACUACGAUGCCUUCAUGAGACGCAGCACACCCGAGGUUCCUAGUCCAGGAUAUGGAUGCCUCCUGACUGUCGAGUUUGACAGCGUAGAGACAACCAAGGCUUUUUAUGAGCGCUGUGGCUUUUACCCGUCUCCCCAUCUUGGCGGCCAUGUUACCAUCAUGCUUGCGUAUAAUAUGUUCAUGUUUGGCAAGGACAAGGACGAAGCUGCGGCACUUCGACCGUGUGGCAUCAAGGAGGAGAGUAUUCGGAUAUCAGCAGGGUUGGAAGAUGCGAAGGAUUUGCUGGAUACGCUUCAGGAUGCGUUGGAUGCGGCGAUAGAGGUGAAGAAGGCAAGAAAGGAGAACUAG